UUUCCGUCUUUCGUUUUUUUGUCUAAAAUUAUUCCGAAAAUGAGUGAACCUCCAUCAAAAAAGCAAAAAACCUUUCACAAAAUUGAUUUCGAGUCGCUUCACGUGCAAAAUUUCAAGGAACAAAAACAUUGCGAUGUCACAUUUUGGUGCAAAAAUACCGACGGAGACCUGAGAAAGAUUGGAGCCCACAAAAUGAUGCUCGUUUUGGUGAGUGACGUCUUCGAGACGAUGUUUUAUGGGAAAACUGCGGAAAAUGAUGUCGUUACGAAGAGUGAAGAGGUCUUAAUAGACGACAUCACAAUUGAUACUUUUACGGAUUUUUUGUCAUUCAUCUACGGAAGUGAUGUAAAAUUUGAAAAUUCUAUUGAGAUUUGUCGCUUUUACUAUGCCGCUCACAAAUACAAUUGUAAAGAAGCUCUAAAAUUUAUCCAUGAAGCUGCCUUAGAUAGGCUUGAUUUGACGAAUUGUUUAGUUUUUUAUGAAACUGCGUUACUGCAUGAUGACUGUUCGCUCAAAGAUGCUGCUUUGAAGAAAAUUCAGGAAGACAUCAGUGCAGUAAUUAUUUCCACGGAAUUUUUGACUGCAAAUCCCGAAAGUGUCAACUUAAUUUUCCAAAGUGAACAUUUAUCGAUCAACUCGGAAAUGGAACUUGUCUGGGCACUUCAGCGCUACAUCGAUCACAAUCAAGAACGAGACCCGAAAAUUGCUUUGAAAGUUCGUCCUGCGCUUCAAAUCAUUCGUUUCUUGACAUUGCGCGAAAAUGACAUUCGACAAACUUCAUUGCUUUCGGAUGAUGAAAAGAAAGCAAUUAUUGAAUGUUUGAAAGAUUCGAGCUUGGAUUCAGAUUCAAAUUUGGCGGGAAUGCCUGAUGGCUUCUCAAUCAGUCGAUCAAAGAGAAUCUCGAAAAUCCAUAUUUUGUCAAAAAUCUUCAAAGGAUACUCGUUUCGCUGCAUUAAUCCGUGCCAUUACACAAGUUACUCAAACCAUUCCUCGUGGAAUUGCUGUAACCUUAGUGUCAGUGUGAGAAAUAAGAUAAAGGAGAUUUUUGAAAAAUACGAACAUACGAAUAUUGUACUUUAUAGUAAUGAUGAUCUGAUAUCGCUCUACGAAGCUUACACAGAAGGUGGAUUAGUUAAAAGUUGAGAAAAAAUAUGGAUUUGUAAAAAAAAUAAAAAGUAAAAAAAAUAAAAUCAAAGAUGGCGGAUGCUUAGCGUCUUAAUUGUUGAUCAUUUAGAAUUUUUU